AUGGCGCCCCCCGAAGCGCAGAUGUCGUUCAUCAAGAACUUGGCUUCCUCAGACCGCAAACUACGAACAGCCUCCCUCGAAUCUCUCCAGCUCUUCCUCUCGACCCGCUCCGCCCUCACUGUUACCGACGCAAGCAAACUAUGGAAGGGCCUCUACUACGCCCACUGGAUGUCCGACCGACCGCUCCCACAGCAGCGUCUCGCCAACGAACUCGCAGCCCUCGCGGACGCGCUCCCCAACGCGGCGUGCCUCGCGCCCUGGUUCGACGGGUUCUGGACGGUGCUGGGCCAGGAGUGGCCCAUGAUCGAUAAACUACGCCUCGACAAGUUUCUGCUUCUCGUAAGGCGAGUGUUUGCCGUGCAGCUGCGCUGUGCGCGGAAACACGGGGACGAGGUCGAGCGCACGCUGCAGGACUGGCCGUUUGAGGCGAGCGGGGAUCUGCGCAAGGUGCCCCUGGGCCUGAGGCUGCACAUUAUGGACAUUUGGGUCGACGAGCUCGAGAAGGCUGAGUUGCUGGCGCCGGAACACGGGGAGUUUCUGGGACGGGUCGGUGGUAUGGUAGAGGGUCUCAAGCACUGCCCUAUCAAGCAGGUCCGCGAGCGGGCGAGGGAGUCGCACGACGACCCGCGGCUGCCGUGGGGCGUGGAGAAGGAGGUGGACGAGGACGAGGAUGAUGAAUGGGGUGGUCUCGAUGAUUAG